AUGACUUCGUUCCUUUUGGAUUCGAUUCUUGAAGAAGAUCCCGAAAAGUCCUCCUCUCCGAGAUUAAAGAAGGGUAUUUGUAGCGACAAGACAAAACGCCUCAUGGACUUUUGUUGCGGCUCUGGCGUCAUCGGGUACGCGUUACGCAACGCUCUCGAAAAAGAAAAGACGAAGAAGAAAGUCAAACUCACCAUGCUCGACGCCGACGCCGUCGCUCUCGAAGCCGCCAAACAAAAUUUCUCUUCUCUCGUUUCCGGAAACGACGACGUGAACGACGACGAGAACAACAUCGAGUACCUCCUCUCCGACGGCUUCCCUCAAAAAACCACCACCAAACCGUGCGAACUCAUUCUCACGAACCCACCGGUGCAUUACAACGCCAAACCUGAUUUCCGCGUUUUGGGUCACAUGCUCACCGAGCUCCCGAACGUUUUGAAAAAAGAAAAGAAAGGAGGCGCGUGUUUUUGCGUCUGCCAACGUUACGUCCCGCUCGAAAGCGUCGCUCAAUAUUAUCAAACCACAAAAACAAUAGACUUAAAAAUUCACGCGAAAAACGACCGGUUUUGCGUUUGGAAGAUUGUCUGCAAAGCAAGGUCUGACUCAUGA